CCUCGAACUGUAUCCAACUCAACGGUGCGCCCAUACUUGUGUUUCAUUAGUCGUUCAUGGAGAAUGGCCGUGCAGGGACCUAUGCUGUGGCUCUCGGUUCACCCGUGUCGAGGGCUCGUGGACGAGAAGAUCAAGGUCCUGGUCCAGCACGCGGCUCCGGUUCAACGGCUCACGGUGCACACGCUCUUGCGCUCGGAGGACGGGGAUGACUGGGAGGCGUUCGGUCACUAUGUCAGCGACUCCGCCGGGGCGGUGGAUGUGAGUGAAGAUGUGUGUCUGGGCGGGACCUACAGUGGUCACGAGCCCAUGGGCCUGCUGUGGAGCCUCCGGCCGGUUCCAGGGAGCAGACCCAGCCUCAGGUUCAGGAAGAAGGACACUGGGACGCCCAUGCUGGUGACCAUCUCCCUGCACCAGGGCUUCCUGAGCGACUCCUUCACAGAGAGGCUGCCUCUAGCUAGCAGGGUGGUGGAGCGCUGGUACAUGGCCCCCGGGGUCCACAGGGUGGAGCUCACAGAGGGUGGGGUCACCGGAACCCUCUUCUUGCCUCCAGGUCCGGGGCAGUUUCCUGCGGUGCUGGACCUGCCAGGCGGUGGCAGGAGUCUGCCGGAGGCCCGUGCAGUGCUGCUGGCGUCACAUGGCUUCGUGACCCUCGCCCUCAACUACCUGAACCCCAGGAGGACAGCAGGGGGUGAAUACCAUGUGGGCAACGACUACUUCCAGACAGCGUUCUCUGUCCUUCAGACCCACCCCCAGGUGAUCAGGGAGCGUAUCGCUAUCGUGGGCCUGUCCUUUGGUGCCUCCAUGGCUCUGGGUCUCUCUGUUUAUUCCCCCACAAUAAAGCCCAGUUGCUUGGUGUCUAUCAGUGGGAGCCAUGUCCAGCCAGCAGGGGGGUCCCUUGGGGAUAUUUUUGCUGAGUUCAAAAAGAAUGAAAAGAACACCCGCUACGACGAAGAGAAAAGAGUGAUCUGGCACGACCUGCUGCUGCCCAUUCCCAGCAACCCCAGCAAGAAGGUGGAUGUGGGACAGCUCUGCUGCCCCCUGCUGCUCAUAGUGGGGAAGGACGACCAGAACUGGCCUGCUGAGGAAUCUGCGAGUGACAUGAAGGAGAUGAUGGAAAUGUCAGGUAACGGUCACCUGCUCACUGUUCUGUCCUACCCUGACACUGGUCACCUAAUCGAACCCCCCUACAGCCCCCACUGCCGUUCCAGCAACUUCAUUAAUGCAGAGUCCAGAGAGAAAUUUGUAGUUCUGUGGGGUGGAGAGGUGACAGCACACUGCCACGCCCAGGAAGAUUCCUGGUGGAAGAUUCUGGACUUCCUUAAGAAACACCUGUACUAUGGCCCGCAGUCUGACAUCACUUCCUGUACCUGAUCUCAUUUGGGACCAGUAUACAUGCCCAUUAGUUUUACAAUUAUAGAUGUAAACAAAAUCUUAUUUCAUGCUGCAUUUUGAUUCCUGAUCUUGUGACAGUUAUGCUUUUGUAGCAUUCAAGCUUGAUAUUAAUGUAAUUGUUUAAGCUAGGGUCUGCAAAACCAGCGUAUGCUUGUUAUUUAAAGCAUCCAAAUGGAAUACCUCGUAAUUUUCCAUCAUCCAUCAUGACUAACAAUCUAUAAUAAUUUACAUCUGAACAACAAAAAGGCAAGUAUCAAAUGUGGUAGAAAAACAUUUAAAUAUAAAUGGAGGUAUAAACUGAGCCUAUAAAAUACCGAACCUGCAGUUGUGUUCUUUUUUCCUCGAAUCCCUGUCAAGAGUUGGACUAGGUGGACACGGUUCAUUCCUCGGACAACAGCAAAUAAACCCAAUCGAAGAAGUUUGUUUAUGUCGCACAACUUUAAUAGAAUAUCUUAACUCAUUUUGUACAAAUUGAAAAGAAAUAUUGCGCAAGUAACAAAUUGCGAAGAACCAGAUAAGGCCAUUGCUAGUACACGGCUUGCAGGGAGCCGGAGAUCGUCCAGAUCUACAAGCUUUUUAUUCUGAUUCUGUUUUAGCGGAGAACGCAGCAUCACACCAUCAUAUCAUUAUGGCCCUGCAUCCACAGUACCAAGAGAAACACCAGGGUGCAGAACUAAACUCAUUGGCAACCUCUUACAAUGCAUCCCUAGACAGUCCGUUGAAUCUUAAACUAAAAAGGAAAAUAUGAUUUUGUUAACAAAAUGUCAAAUAGUGAAGUACAUUUAUAUGGUCAGUAAAAAUAAUUGGCAGAACAAUUGGUACAAAUCAUGGUAAGGUGUUUUUUGGCUUCUUGUUAACCUUAAUAAUUGUAUUUUGGGAGGGGGGGGGAACACUACAGGGUUCAAAAGCAUCAAUCCCAACUUGGCAGUCUGUUGUUCUUGUUGUAUAUGCCUUCCAUUAAAACAAACGGAAGAGGCUAUGGUUCAGGGCGGUACGAAAUGGGGAUCAAAGUCAAGUGUUAGUUAAGACCACCUAGCGCACUAACAAAUUAUUUUGACAUGUUGUCCCAGAUAAGAGUGCCAAGAUAGCGUCCCUACAACAGACAGCUCGUGGGUCCAAGAACACUAGUUGGAAAAAAAAUGUAUACAGGCUGUGUCAAAGGGAAUAACUAACGUUCAUCAAGCAAAAACUGCCAGUUAAGCGCUUUUAUGCUUUAGUCAAACUAGUUGUACAUUACAUAACUACAUUAGUAACCAUGGAAACACGUUUAUGUUUUAAAAUGACGCAAUUUGGCAGUAUACGCAAAGCCGAAGAGAAAUUUGAGCCAAUGAGAACAGGCCUUUAACUUGGGAUGGGAAUAUUACAAUUUCCCAUGAUGCAAGUCGUACAGCCAGGUGAAACCAAAAUAAAUAGUCCAACAACAUGACAAUGAACAUAAAAAAAAAGAAAAAAAAAACAUUUCAGAUUUCGUCUUAUAAUGAGCAAACCUAGGAUGAAACCUGGCAGCCACCCCACCCCUGUGAAACCAUUCCUGUUCAGCAGUGUUCUGGUAAACCAUCUUAUUGGUAUUAAAAAACCCUGAGUCAUUGAUUUCCCCCCCCCCACCAAAAAAAGGAAAACCUAAGUUGGGGGCUGAUCCUUUCCCCUGGUGGUGACGUGGACGCCUCCUUUAGAAUACAAGUGAUUAUACUUUGUUCAACAAUAACUCAAAACCACCCGUCUACAAUUCAAAAAUAGUAGUUUGCUGUUUUUAAGAAGGUGGUAUGGAGAGGAAAAAAUAGAUAAACAAAA